AAUGGUUUUGAAGAAGGCGGCGGCCGCUUUGCUCCUGGUGUACGUGAUGUCAAUGCUGGCAGAACAGGCUGAAGGCUUUGUGCCCUUCUUCACCCAGAGCGACAUCCAGAAAAUGCAGGAAAAGGAGAGGAACAAAGGGCAGAAGAAAUCCCUGACCUCUCUGCAGCAGCUGGAAGAGGAAGGCUUCUCUGAGCAAUCUGCAGAUAUCGAAGGAAUGAAGACUAUCCAGCUAGCUGUUCCUGUCAGAGCUGGGAUGCGGCUCAUACUGAGGCAGCUGGAAAAAUACCAAGGUGUCCUGGAGAAACUGCUCACAGAGGUGUUACAGGACACCCCAAACGCUGACUGAUACCAGCAGCGUCAGAAGAGAAAACGAUGCAGCUUGCUGAAACUAAAAGGCUCCACUUAUGUACACGAAAUCUGUA